GUAUCGGGCGUGAUCAAGAUUAGAUCAUACCAUAAAUGAAACGAAUUCUGAAAAGCCCUGCUUAAUGAGUUCAUCGAUGUUGUCCCUUGGUCUUAUGAUGAUAUGCCGGGAAUGGAUCCUGAGAUUGUGCAGCAUUGCAUUCAUACCUUUCCAGGCCUGAUUAGGGUUAGGGGGAAUAGGCUGGCGAGAAGGAGAAUUCUAUUUCUUCUUCUAUUUCCCACUCCCUGUCUACUAAAUGAGUGUGUUAGAGCGAGCGAGUGAAGCCUUCAAUUGAUUUGAAAACCCUUUUCCCUCACCCUAUUCUUUCCUUUCCACUUAAGCUUCCCCGGUUUGUGGGAUUAAUUGAUUGGAUAACUGAUCACCAUAAUCUUUCCUAGGAACAGCUUCUACGACGAUAGAUAAGUGUCAGGUUUGUUUGGUAUCUAUGCCCCCUGCCCUCCAAACGGUAUGGGAGCCCAAGCACUUAUUUGUUGAGGCGAAACCAAUCCAAUUCGGAGUUGUUGAUGUUUAUACCGAUCGAUCAUAGAAGAAAAUUUCUUAUUCGUUCCGCUCUCAGAUCGUUGUAACCUAGUGAAAACAAACAAGAGCAAAAUGAUAGGUUCCCUAUUAAAUGAGGCAUGGAACAAAGAAGUCGAUUUGCUUUAUAAAAAGAAGAUAUCAAUGAACUUCUAUGAAAUGGUUUUACGGGAUUCAGCCAAUUGUCUUGAUCGUGGGAUAUUAUUGAGAAAUAGGAAGAAUUUCGGCUGCUACCAUCGUAGCAGCAUGUAUCAGAGCCGAAAUAGGAGUAGGUCCUUCCAUUGCAUCUGGUAACCAUACAUGAAGAGGAAUUGUGUUGAUUUAGCAAUUGGACCAAAAAAUAAUAGGAAGGCACAAAAUAAGACAUUUAUAAACAGCUCUACCAUAAUUCUUAGCGGAUAAACCCAGUUUCGGUUUAAUAGUACAUCCCAAUAGGGGGCGACCAUACUUGUUCAAUUUAUCUCUCUCAACUUGAAUACCGUGAGGCGGGCCUUGGUAAGGCCAGCCUUACCAGGUCUCCCUUGAAAAUUUGGCACUUCGCUGUCAAAGCCAUGUGGCGCCGAUGUCUCUCCGCAUUGGUCAACAUGCGGUCAUUAACCACAAGCCAAAACCAAACCCUACCUGUCGAUGAAGAAAUUUUAGAGCUAGCGCCAGAGAUGAAAGAAAAGAUAGGGAAUCUGUCUUUUCAUAGUUAUCUUCCCAAUAAAAAAAUAUUCUGGUGAUAGGCCCUGUUCCUGGACAGAAGUAUAGUGAAAUCACCUUUCCGCCGAAUUAGAAGCCUUUGCGCAAUUUGCUUCCGAUCUCGAUAAAGCCACUCAGAAUCAAGUGGCAAGAGGUCAACGGUUGCGUGAGUUGCUUAAACAAUCCCAAUCAGCUCCAAAACUGGACAUGAGAGUUUCUUCUCAUCCAGCUCCUCGCCAAAUGAAAUGCUUAAAAAAUGGGAUUGGUAAAUAAUAUAAUAUAUAGAAUUAUUUCUUUUAUUAAAAAAUGAAAACGUUGUGUAUUUAGUAUAAACUUGUAUUGUAUAUUUUGUUCCAUUCUCAAAUCACUGAACUUUUGAAGUCUCGUUACUGUAGUGGACCAAUUCGUUAAAAUACCGCUGAGUCAUUUUUUAUUAACAUAAUGACACUGAGCCCUUAUUGCAGCCCGCUCUACUAAAUCGGCUGCUUUUUUUUGUACAACUAGCUACGGGGUUUUCUAUGACUUUUUACUAUCGUCCGACCGAACCCCUAUAGCUAUAAUAUAAGAUACGGCCGGAAGUUUCAUCUUUAGUCUUAGGCUGCACUAUUCGUUGAAGAUAAAAGUACAUCGAACCCAUAUGAAGUUUUACCAUGAGCAGAUUGAAUCGAUUGGGCCCUUAUCAGGGCUCCUCUCUAUCCUUCCAUCCAUAAAGACAUGUAAUAUCAUCUCCGACUGAGCUAGAAAGCGAGCAACUCAUCUUUCGAGAGGGAGUCCGACUACCAAUCAUCAAUAGGCUAAUAAGAGACAUAGAAGCAAUAAGUCGCGGGUAGCUUUUACAGUAGGCUAUAGCUACUCGUUGGUCUUAUUUUGACUAGGCUUCGGUAGGGAAAGAAAAAAUGUCUUAGUAGAUGAAAGUCUCAUUAACUGCGCCGAAUCCCUACUUCUUGUUGCUAGCAAAUGAGAAAAGACUACUUCUUGGACUAUAGCCGACACCAGAGAAGUCCACUUACUUUUUAUUUGGUUAAUUCCAAAUCGAAUUUUUUGAAUAGAUUUAAUUGGAAUAAUGUAAAAUAGGCAAAGGCUGAGGGAUUUUAAGGUGGAAUAUGGCUUCUAUGGAAGUAAGAAAAAUUAUUCCGUUCUAAUCCUCCCGGGACGAAAGCUAGCUCACUGCCUCACACCACUCUGGAGAAUUGGCACCGCACCCUAACCCUCUAGUCGUAUGGAUUGAUUCGAAUAAAUAUGGAAUUAUUGCCCCGCGCACAUUCUAUAUUUUCCCACGAAAGAUCCUUUUUUGGCUCUCUCUUUAGCCCUAUGUCUCUUACCCCUAGGAGGUUUUCCUCCACUAGCAGGUUUUUUCGGAAAAUUCCAUUUAUUCUGGUGUGGAUGGCCGGCAUGCCUUUCUUUUUUCGGUGUCUUCUUUGAUUUUAUAGAAUAGCCUCCGCUGCUGCUAAAGGCUUAUUGGUAGUUUUUAGGCCAGUGAAACUGUCCCUGUAGCUAAAGUAAAGAUUCAUGAAGCUAAGCACGGAAAAUCAAGAUCAAUUACUAGAUGAUUCCCCAAUUCUUAACUGGAGGGGGCACCAAAGGCCUCCCAGGAUUAGGGAAAAACAGCUCUGAGUGCCCUAUCCUUCCACAUGAAAAAGAGAAGUACGAGAGGCGUUCGUAAAAAACAGGAUACCACUCUGUCACCUUCCUUUUAAUCGACGUGAUCUUAAUGCCCCGCCUAACCGGUUUACAAAGAUCAAGCCAAAAUCUUCUUUAUAGGUGUUGAGCAUCACAUAACAUACGUCGAACAUCUGUUGCCUCGGUAUAAAGAACUAUAGACGGAACCCACAGGCAUUCUUUCUCCAAAGAGUAGGGCCCAAUGAUACAAAUGUGGAAAGCUUUUUUCUUCACUAUUGCCAGUUGGUUUAGCGCCUCUCUUUCUAGGUGCUCAUUCCUGUGAGCAACCAAAAGGGCCCGCCCUGCGAGGCCAGAGUGGGCUCAGCGGUCAGACACCAUUCGAAUUACGUUAGGGGGUCUUUCACUUUUGCCAGAUCUAGAGAGAUACUACGAGUCCUCCGUCCUAGAUUCCUUCGCUGCGACCAUCUGGUUCACCGGUACUACCAAAAAGUCUCAUGCUUACGUUACUGUUACUGAUGGUUUAAUUAACAUCGAAGUUGUUGGUACUAGAUAAAAGAUAAAUCAUAAGAUGCAUGAUAUGAUUGAGAAUUGAGAUGCAUGUUAAUAUGUAGAGUGAGCAUUUCUACGUAAUAACAUAUCUUUCUAUUUCUGUUUUUAUUUUUCUGCCUAUAAAACUCGAAAAUCCACCUAAACAUAUUUAUCAUUCAUUAUUUUUGCGAAUUAAGAUGAGUAGUUAGGUGUGAGUAGCUAUGCUUUAGAAAUCCUUGUGGAAUACGAUCAUAGACAUUUCUAAGAUUUAUGACUUGAUUGUAUUUGAUCUGCAUUAAUAAGACUACUACACGAAAUGCACAUGAAAUGAUGGAAAUCAGCUCCCAAUAUUCUUCUCCUUGAUCCUCUUCUCUUCCUCUUGGCCUCUUCUUUUUCUUGUUCUUCAAUGGAAACUAAACACUUUAUCUCUCUAACUUGUGGGUCGUGAAAUUUUGAUUUGUCCCGUGAACUUUGAUUGACUGUUUUGCCCUACUUAGCUCGGAGAUCACAGUACGGAGAUUCCAAUCAUGAUCUUCUCUUGUGGUCGUGAACAUGUACAUACCGUGAACUUUGGGAUCACGAUUGAAUCUUCGCAUCUUCAUUUUGCCCGUGAACUCUUCUCGCCUUUUUUCCUUACAGUUGAUGCUCUAUUCUUUCUUAAUUUCUUUAAACCCACACACUUUGACCUAGUUAAGCUCAUAUACAUGAUAGGAAGUGAAUGAAGGCUAAAAAAUGAAUUUAAAUAUUCUUUGAUGCACAAUUAUGACAUGAAAAUACCAAGAUUGAGGGUAAAUAACAUCAAUUUCGGGUGUUAUCACCAAUGCUCUUUCAUUACUAGUUGUUGAAAAGGUUUUGAAGUUGUUGGCACCUCCUAUUUCAAUGAACUCAGAUGUAUGGUUACAUGGUGCUCCAAGAACUGGGCAAGGGAGUGGAUCCUAUCAGUAACCUUGUAGUGUAACUGUGCAUAAUCCAAUCCCAAUCCACCACAUCAGCAGCCCUCGCUCUCCUAUAGAAAGCCUUUAAUUUUUUCCGCUCCAAUCUUUACCGGACGAUUUCUCUCUUAUUUUGAGUCAGUUUUUUUUUGCACAGAUAGAUCAGAUUAAUUGUACUCUUCAAAAUGAUAUACACUUUGAUAUAUUUUUCGAACAAAAAAAAUUUGAAGUAUUUUUUACCAGUCCAUACCAUAUGGUAUUGAUUGGUAUUCAUGCCAUAUGGUAUGUUCGUGUACCACAAGAUACCAAUCCCCAUACCAGGGUGCUAUAGUGUGGUAUUUUUUGGUCAAAUAUUUUUUUCAUCUAGAAAAUUUUAGAUCCAAUAGAUCAUGAGUAACUCAUUCCUUCUGUGCAAAAAUUUUCAAAAACGACUUAAAACGUAGGAGAUACCAUAUGGUAUGGAUCUCAUUUUGUAGAACACAGCGUACUUGUUCCAUCUGUGAAAAAAAAAUGAAAUCCGAGCUACAACGAAGAAGAUAAGAGUCAAUUAAGAAACUAGAGAAAAUAAAAUAUCUUUAAUUCUCCACCCACAAAUCUGAAUUUUCUGGGCCCACUAAAACAAGAAGUUCUAGAAUUAGUUAUGCACCCUAACUUGAGCCCACCAAGACAUUUUGCUAAGCCAGAGUUUACAUAUUGUUGUUAUGUAUGUCGGUGAGUUUGAUCUGGAGGGAGAGAUGUGGAGGUGCUCGCAUGUAUGGCUUAAUUUAAAAAAAUUCAGAGCUGAAUUUAAAAUUUUAUUUUAAGCAUAAAUAAAAGGGUAUGUCUAUGGUGACAUGCAUGUCACCGUAACUUGCACUUUUAGGUCGACCUCAUAUAGGAUUAGGUCGACCUAAUCUGCACUUUUAGGUCAACCUCAUAUAGGAUUAGGUCGACCUAAUAUGUCGUUUCAGUUUUGUGAGGUUCUCGAAUACACUAAUGUGGGCACACUGAUGACUUAUCACGGUCAACCUUUAAAAUGUAGUGUCCGACCGUUUGUAGUUUAAGUUGUCAUUGUUGGUUGACCACAAUAAAACAUCGGUCGCCCUUUUCAUUGACGUCAGAAGCAAAAUGGUCGACCAUAAAGGUAUAUAGAUCGACCACUUGAUGGCAGUCAUUAACAAAAUGAUCGACCAUUUACAGAAGGAGUUCGACUAGAUAGAAGAGAAGUGUUGUAUACAUUUAUCCAUCAUCAUUUGACGUAAAAUGAAGAUCAUGUGUUGGUUUCGGGGUCGACCGAAUAUAAGAAAAUCAACUUAUGCCCUGCUUCUUUUUUGCUUAUGUAUGUUGAUGUAGGUGGUUCUUUUGCUCGUACAAAUUACAUUUCAAACCAGCAUAAUUAGUCAUAAAUAGUGAUAACAAGGGCUCAUAACUUCCACAUGGUCAACCUCUUGAAUCACGUACAGCAGCAACCGCAAAGGAUCUUCUUCACAAAAGCUCUAACCGUAAAAAAAAAACAUAUUUCAGAGUUUCGGUGGCGGUGAAGGUGACAUAUUUUCGUAUUUAUAGAUAUUUAGGACGAGAAUGAGUCGAAUUAAGUGGUAGAUAAGUUAGGGUUACCUUUCUGGUGUUGGAAUCCUUAUCCAAUACGGAUGCGGUGUGCACGCGGUCGACCUCGUACUUAUGCGGUUGACCUCAGUUAAUCAAAAUGGUUGGCCUAUGAGGUAUUUGGGUCAACCUUUCAUUCUGUUCGCUUCCCAAAGAGGUCGACCAUUUGCUAUAAAAGGUCAACCGCGUCGUUGAACCUCACAAAACUGAAACGACAAAUUAGGUCGACCUAAUCUUAUAUAAGGUAGACCUAAAAGUGCAGAUUAGGUCGACCUAAUGCUAUAUGAGAUCGACCUAAAAAUGCAAGUUACGGUGACCUGCAUGUCACCGUGGCAAAGUCCUAAAGAAAAUUAAUAACAAGCUAGCACAAAAAAAAACAAAAAAUGUUACAAUCCACUAUUUAACAAUUUCUAACUAUUGAGAUAUUUGAAAUCAAUACAAGAUUAUCUUUUAUAAAAAAAAUCUAAAAAAAAUAUUUGAAAACAUAUCCACAUUUACAAAAUGAAUUGUUUUUCAAAUUUACCAUGCAAAACAACCUAAGUGGCCAUGAGAACUUAGUUAGGCGACUUUAUACACAUUAAAGCACUCCAUCAGACUAUCUCAUUGGUCUGGCUCUCUGUUCGUUGAGUAUCUUCUUAUUAUAUAUUAUGGUUGUUCGAAAACAACUUCUUGCCACAUGACAUAAGCACUUGAAGAAUUCACAAGUUGUCAAGGUGGAUAAUUUUUGUUCAAGCAAAAAAGUUAGUUAAUGGCCUAUUUAUGGAGUUAUCUCUCUCUUCUUUUAAUGAUGUUUUCUUUUAUUCAAUAAUAUUUUUUAAUUUUUAUAUUAUAUCUAUGUUUGUAGAAAAAGACUAGUAUUAAUUAUAAAAAAAGACUAAUGUUUGUAGAGUGAUAUAUCACAUUUAUUUAAACAAAAAAAUAUCUUACUAAACGUGAUCAAGUGAAUUUUCUAUUGUUUUUUACAGAAACUAAAUAAUAAGUUAUAUGUUAUUGAAAAUUUUAAACAAACACACACAUAAACAAUAAUAUUUUCAUCGAUUAAACAAAAUAUAACGAUGGAAAUAUAACCAUGGUCGCAGGUACCCAAUCGUCUCCGACCCAGUCAAUAUGGGGAAUCUCCGCAUUGAUUGGGUAUGGGAAAAACCCGCAAUUUUUUUUGAUGGAGAUGGGCGGAGAUGAGUUUGUAAAUCCUUCCACCGUAUGGGUAUGGGGGCGGGUAUGAGUUUAGGUAUUUGAAAAUUGGGAUGGUGAUGGUUUAGGCAUACCCGCCCCAUUACAAUCCCUACUCUUAUUUCUAAUUAAUAUAUCUAUAAAAUAAAAUAAGUAUUAUAUAAUAAAAGGUCUGAAUAGAAACUUGAUGAUGUACAAGUAUUAUAUGGCAUGUGAGUGUUAGAGAAAUCUUUGUUGACGAUGUAAGAUAAACAUUAUGUUUCAUCAACCACAGACCUAGCAUUAAUCAAACAUGGGUUGACAAUUUUUGUUUAAUAGUUGAAUGUCUUCUACAUUAAAAGCCUUCAUAGUUAGAAGAUUCUAAUAAGUCAUUUGGUUGCAUGGGUUGUGAGUAUGUGACUCCAUACUUAAUUUUGGCGGAAAAAAAUUAUCAUGUCAAAGUGUCGAAACAAAAAUGUUAGUUUGCAACAGUAAGCAAUAUGUAUUUAGAUCGAAUUAUCCUAUCCACAAAUUUUUUUUUGUGUAUUCCAUAGAACGAGGUGUGUUCAGAGGUUUUAAUUAGGGUUAAAAAACAAAGUAAAAUCUUUAUAUACGUUUAGAUAUUAACAAUAGAUGUGUCUAUAAUACAUCCAAGGAUUCAUCCGUGUGAAAUGUCACAAUGUUUGUAUGAGUUUUUUUUUUUAAAUCAACUUUGUCAAAAAAAUAAUAAUUUGAUUCUUUAAAUGAUACGACGUUUCUAAUGCACUUAUAUCUAUGCGCAUUGUAGUUGUUGACAUGAUUUAUCAAUUAUUAAGAUAUAUAAUGCAAAUUUUUGUUCCAGAUGUAACACCAAAAAUAAGGAAAAUUUUGUAAAUUCACAUUUAAAAAGUUGGAAAGUUAUGCACUAAAGGAUCAUGUUAAGACGAGAAACCUUAAAAGUGUGUAAGAGUGUCUUGGUUUGAGAUUCUUACAAGCCAACAUGUAGACAACAACCAUGGGUUGAAGGUUACUACAAAUUUCAAGAAUUAGCAAUUGGUACAUAUUGAGUCAAUAAAAUUUAAUAGCUACACCUUUCAGAAUUUUUCAAUAUUUAACAAAAUCUUUUGUAUUAAAUCUUUUGUAUCACAUCAAAAUAUUAAUCAUUUUUCUGUUAUUUUUAAUAAUUUUUUAAAUCUUUUCUUAAUUAAAAUACAAUUUUUUUUGAAAGGUAUAACUAUUAAAUUUUGCUAACAAAAAUGCUAACGGGGUUAACGUUUGGCUAAUAAUUUUAAAGUUUGGUUAAUAAAUUAUAUUUACUCUAUUAUAUAAGAUACUAAAUUUGAUUGUCUUGAUAGACAAAUUUAAACAUAAGAUCCUCAGCAGAGACUUCAUGAACAUUCACAUAAAAAUGAGUUAAGAUUAGAUAAGUUGAUCAUCGUAAGGAGUAUGGCGUGUGUCAAGUUUCACUUGGGAUAAACUCAUUUUAUCCAAUAAUCAAGUAUUUCUAUCCAAUAAUCUUGACUCUUAAUAAUUGUUUGAGAGUUUGUCCUAACUCGAGAAUCACAAAUUGUUAUAUGUUUUCUAAUAUUAGAAAUUUGAGUGGCUUGGUUGACAAACUCUUGUAUAUAUUCUAAAUGUGACGUUAUAAACCUUUAAAAUAUGAAUUAUGAUUGGAGAAUCGAAACCUAUGAACAUCACAGGUGGGUGUGCUAAAUAUUGAGAAUUUUUAAUAUGAACAUAUAGCAUACUCACUUAUGAAGUGUGAGCAUAACUGGGUGUGCUAAAUAUUGAGAAUUUUUUAUAUGAACAUAUAGCAUACUCACUUAUGAAGUGUGAGCAUAAAAAAGUUAGAAGAUUAAAAAAGUUUUAAACAUAUACAUAAUUAAUUUCUAUAAAUGAUAAAAUGAAAUUUUUCGGCCAACGGGCCGGGUAAAAAACUAGUAAACAGAAUAGGGCAACUCAUUUGCACUUGAUGGAUAAGUAUGAUUUUAUUUCAUGUUUGGCUAAUCUUUAUAUUUGGAUCUUAGUUCCCUUCUGAUCUAAUUAAAAAAAAAACACUAUGCCCACAUUGCAUUUAAUAAAAUAUUUAACCAACUUUGUCCUAACUCCUAUCAACCGUAGCUCAUUGCAAUUGACAAAUUGCACGAUUAGUUUUCGUAUUAGUUUAUCCCUUAGACAGCAAAUCUUUGAACUGGCAAUUCUACCUAACAAAAUAGUUCUUUCAACUCUUUCAAUAACGUUUCUUUGAUUAGCAGCACCAAAAAGUUGGACUUUAACACCUCUGUUUUUGUUACUUUAUCACCUUAUUAUGUGUUUUUAAUAUUGAGCCAGUCUCAUUUGCUUUUAUAUACUGCCACCAUAUCAUUUUAUCUUAUUCUUAUUAAGUAUUAACGAAGCCUUGGAUGUCGCAAUUUGUGAGCAUGCAUAUUCCCAUUAACAACCAAUUAAAAUAACACUAAACUCUGGCAACUGGCAAGUUCUUGUCAAUCGUGAUGGUGAAGUGGGGAAUUUAAAGGAGAUAAAUGUUUGGUAGCAAUUUAAUUCCCACCAAGUACUUGCUGGCAUUGUACAAUCUAGUUUAUUAAGCUUUUGGUCAUUGGGUCGAAGACGACAUCAGUUCUAUAAGUAAUGUCGGUACGUUAAUAAAACAAUUGAGAAAUAAUAUACAUGCUAACCUCAAAAAAUACAUUUCACAUUAGUGAGAAUUUUUCCUUCUAUUAGCCUAAAACGGAUAAUUUCCUCGAUUUAUUUUCUUCUAAAUUAAAACAAGAUAGAAUCGGAUCAUCUUGACUGAAUGAUUCAUAAUACAAUCAACCUAAUAUUCUGGAUAACAAGUACAGCUAAUUAGUUUGGAGUGAUGCCAAAGACUCUACCAGAAAUUUCAUCUAACACCACCAAAACCCUACAUCCUUUGUAAUAAACAAAUCCCAAAACCCUACCACUCACAUAUAUGGACAGCAAAAAUCAGACCCCCAAAUCCAAAAUAAACUAUAAAAAAAAUAUGUAACCUAUGUCUUCCUCCCCCCCAAGUCACAUUCAACGACGACGAAUAUGUAACGAAUAUAUACGAGUGAAUGUGAAUACUGACUAUACCACCAACCUGAGCUUUCCUUUGUCGCCUUUGGUGCCUUCCAGCCAUUGCCAUACCCCACCCCUUUCCCCAAACUCUCUAAAAUACUCCCCUCCCCUGCUCUCACAUUUCACAAUCCCAAUUCCCCUAACAAAAGAAAAAAUGCAGCUUUCCUCCAUUUCCCACCUUCUUCUUCUUCUUCCAAUUGUUCUCUGCGUUCAACCCUUUCUACCCUGCCUAACAGCUCUCACUUCCCCACAAGACGUUUCGGCUCUCAAAGCUCUGAAAUCGGCCAUCUCCCCUGCCUCCAUCCCGCCUUGGUCCUGCCUCGCCUCCUGGGACUUCGCCGCGGCUGACCCAUGUUCCCUCCCUCGCCGCACCCACUUCGUCUGCGGCGUCGCCUGCUCCCCUGACUCCACCCGGGUCACCCAACUCACCCUCGACCCGGUCGGCUACUCGGGCCAGCUCACCCCGCUCGUCUCCCACCUCACCGCCCUCCUAACCCUCGACCUCGCCGACAACUACUUCUCCGGCCAGAUUCCCGCCUCCAUCGGUUCAAUCGCCUCCCUCCAGUCCCUGACCCUGCGCUCCAACUCCUUCUCCGGCCCGAUCCCCGCCGCUGUGACCACCCUCAAGCUGGUCGAGUCGGUGGACCUGUCGCGGAAUCGGCUGGAAGGUGGGAUUCCCAAGGGGCUGGAUUCGAUGCUCAAUUUGAGGCGUUUGGAUCUCAGCUACAACAAAUUGACCGGUUCGGUCCCCAAACUGCCGCCCAAUUUGCUGGAGCUGGCGGUCCGGGCGAACUCGCUGACCGGCCCGCUCGCGAAAUCGUCGUUCGAGCGGGCGGCCCAGCUGGAGGUGGUGGAGCUCGGGGAGAACUCGCUGGGCGGAACGGUGGAGGCGUGGUUCUUCCAGCUGCCGGCGAUCCAGCAGGUCAAUCUGGCGAAUAACAGCCUGACGCGUGUCGUGGUGCCCAGGGCUUCCGGAAAUAAUGCCGCCGGCCAGCUGGUGGCGGUGGAUCUCGGGUUCAACGAGAUCGAAGGGGAGGUUCCCGCGAAUUUCGCCGGGUUUCCGAGUUUGUCGGCUUUGUCGCUGAGGUACAACAAGCUACGUGGCAGGAUCCCGUUGGAGUACAGCAGGAAGAAGAGCUUGAGGAGGUUGUUCCUGGAUGGGAAUUACUUGAUCGGGAAGCCGCCGGCGGGUUUCUUCGGCAGUGGGGCGGCGGUGGCGGCGGGUAGUUUGGGGGAUAAUUGCCUGGAAGGGUGUCCAGGGUCGUCGCAGCUUUGUAGUCCGUCGCAGAAGUCGAGUGAAGUUUGUAAGCAAGCUUAUGGCGGCAGGAAACCGAGGUCCUAGUUUUUUUUUUUCUUUUUUUGUUUCAAUGUAUAAUAUUGUUACCAAGUACGGAAGUACCAACCACAUUGGAUUGAUUUUAGGGAUGGGGAAAAUAAAUAAUGAUAAUAAAGGGAGGUUAAUUAGUACAUAUCUCCUAAUCUUAGUAUGUGGAGAUUAGUUCUGUAGAUAACGCUUUUGUGUGUAUUUAAUAGUUGAGGUAAUGAAAUGUAUGUUUUAAA